AUCGAGUGUCUCCACUUCCCAUACAGCAGUGUCGUGCUUCUGUUGCGCGUCUGUCACACUACAAUCAAUUUGACAAUCCGGGAGUUUUUGGUGCUUCUCCUGCCCCGCAAUAUGCCCCAAGAAUUGCUGAAUCAAUUGGAGAAAUUCUCCGCAAUCUGCCAUGCAAUUCACACUGAUCCUGUUGCAUGUGACCUCAAAGUGUCCUUCUUCUGUGUUGCUGCUGCAUGGAAUUACCGUCAGGGUGAAAGCGUCAAGCCGAGUCCAUCGAAAUUCUCCAAACUUGAUGAUGUGGACAUGGAGGGACUAAUUGGGGUACUCAAGAAAAUCCCUCCACUCACGGAAGUGGCGAACAAUGAACCAGAAAUGGACGUUGUGGACUUCCUCCAUUGGCUCCUUGUGCAGCAGAUGCAGCCACAGGUUGUGCGGGUUAAUCCCAGCGAUGUGAGGGAUGUUCUGGAGAAAUUCAACUGGGAUAAACGAGAAAUUCGUCCAACGCACAUCUUUCGCAUUGCACAUGCUGCCGGAAGUGCUGCUGAGAUGAAAUUCCGCGAGUUUGCUGAGCAUUUUCCCACACAGUGGGCCUUCCACGGGUCUAGGGUUCACAACUUCCAUUCAAUUUUGCAUUUUGGCCUGGCACAGCAUCUCAAUAAGCGCUCAGCCUUCGGGGAGGGUAUCUACCUGUCAACAGAUCUCUCCGUGUCACUCACAUAUAGCCCCCUAGAGCCAACGUGGACACAUUCUCAGCUUGGGCAGAGAUUCUCCUGUGUGGCACUUUGUGAGUAUAUUGAGCAUCCGGAUCACUUUAAGUGCCACUCAACGUCAAGGAAGUCCGAAAUACCCAAAAAUUUCAUUGUGGUAACCAACAAUGAGACAAUCCGUGUGCGAUACUUGCUGCUUUACGCCAAGGCAUCCCCAAGGAGGCAGCCCAAUCGUGGACCUAUCGAGGAAUGGAUGGUGCAGAAUAAAGCAACGCUCCUGAUCAUCAGCUAUGCCUUCAUUCUCCUUGCUGUCAAUCUUUGUUCUUCCAGCAAUUCUUGGUGGGCUGACAUCCGGAACAUUGCCGGGAAAUUCUUUCCUAAUCUAUUCAAUUCAUAAUUUUUUUUGUAGAGAAAUAAAAGCAGGCUGUGAACAAAAGAAAA